AUGGACGCAGUUUUGACUCCCGGAACGGCAAGACAAGCGUCCUUGACGGCGUUGACGCACGUGAUGCAAGUAAGGCCUUGGAAGAAGCUAUCCAAGACAAGGCCUCACAUAUCAGACAUUGUCGUAUUGCUCUCCAAGGAGAGUGCUUGGGCUGACGAGGUUGAUGUUGCUGACCCGCUGACGCGCAAGCGUGAGCGAGACAGGCAGAGCCAGCGUCGGAAGCGCGAGCGCGAACGCGAGUACCGUGUCCAACUCGAGGCCAAGGUCCUCAUGCUGGAGCAGCGACUUCAGGGCAUGCAGCACUUGGAUGCCUCACCCAGCCAGAUCCGGGAGCAUGAGAGCCAAUCGCGGGAGCUUCACGGCCACCCACACAAUGCUGGCAGCGUCAUCCCCAACCAUAAAAACAGCGACCAUCAAGAGCUCGAUGAAGAAGAUGGCCAAGAAGACCACGACAAGGAUCGUGCACAAGAUGACGGAAUCAGCAAUGAUGCACAUGGCCUCAACAAACCCAACCGUAUCAGGGACACCGAUGCUCACAGCACAGCCUGCACUAUCAACUGCACACACAUGAACAACGAUGAGGUAUUGCAAUCCCCAGAGGAACAACUAUUGGUCGUUUCUGCCCCAGUCCUGGCUCGGUUGCUCGCAGACCCGGAAUGGCUGCGUACCCCUCUGAAUAACAUCUCCUGUCAGGCUGCCAUACAGACCUCCGUCGGUUUGCACCCCGGCAACAACCUGGCGCGCCUCCUCGCCAACCUUCGCGCCUAUCCUGAGCUUGAAGCUGCAUGCUCGCCGAACCCUAAACCCAUAGAUCUUCUCUUUGGUGGUUCAAAUAAUAUUCUGGCCAAUGUCGUCGUCUCAGAGCAGACAGGAGCCCAUUGCCUACCCCCAGAGCAGUUUGCCACUACUUGGCUCAUAUAUCUAUACUGUCGUUGGUUAGUUUGGCCUUCUAAAGCUAAUUAUCUAUGCAUUCCUGAAUACUUCCGCCCAUCCACUUUGCAGCUUACCCGUCACCACGAUCUCCUGUAUGAUCUCAUCUUAUGGCCUCAGAUGCGUGACAACCUGAUUCGGUACGGACCCAAACAUGACCAUGAUGCUGUUUUUGGGCUAUUAUCUUGUACGCUUCGCAUUAGAGGAAGCUUCAGGAAAGAGUUCAUCAUCCGUGAAAACGAUGGCGACCUCCAACUUGACCCGAGCUUCUAUCAAAAAUUCAUGGAUAUUUCCAAUUGGGGCAUCUUGGAAAGGUUCUGGUUAGAGUACCCAGAUCUAGUCAGAGGAUUUGAUCCCUCAAUUAUGUUACGAGAGCAACACUUACUAUAA